AUCCUUGAAGAGAACAUGAAGUUGGAGUGCAAGUGCCAUGGAGUGUCAGGAUCAUGCACUACUAAAACAUGCUGGACAACUCUUCCUAAAUUCAGGGAGUUGGGCUACAUCCUUAAGGAGAAAUACAAUGAAGCUGUUCAGGUUGAACCUGUGCGGGCAAGUCGUAAUAAGCGUCCCACUUUUCUGAAGAUAAAGAAACCACUCUCCUAUCGCAAACCGAUGGAUACAGACUUGGUCUACAUAGAGAAAUCGCCCAACUACUGUGAAGAGGAUCCUGUGACUGGCAGUGUGGGUACACAGGGCAGAAUGUGCAACAAAACAGCCCAGCAGACCAAUGGCUGUGACCUGAUGUGUUGUGGACGAGGUUAUAACACUCAUCAAUAUUCCAGAGUCUGGCAGUGCAACUGCAAAUUUCACUGGUGCUGUUAUGUCAAAUGUAACACAUGCAGUGAACGAACAGAAGUCUACACCUGUAAAUGAAAGCAUGGCUUUGGCAGGGGAACCUAAAGCCUUGGAGUACACACUUUUUUUUGCACAUAAGCUCAGUGUAUCUAAAUAAUACUGUAGCAAAGACCCAAAUAGUUUCCAAAAGAAAGUCCAGCAAAAUAAUCCCGUUUUCCUCCCCUUUUAACAGUGUUUAUAGUGGAUAAUGGUCAAAGACUUUUGGGAAUAGCCCAAAGACUACACCCAGACUUUUUAAAAGGAACCCAGAAACAAACUAUUUUGCCUAAUGCAAAACUUCAGAUAACCUAAACUACAUAAAU